GUCUCUCUCCUCUCCGCCAGAAGCUUACCUCUCUCCUCUCUUUCUCCGCCUCCGUCGAACCAUGGCCUUCAUUUUCGUUCCGGAGUCACUAGCUAUGGCCGUCGGCCAUCUCGCCGCAGUGGGUUUGGGUUCGGGUCAUCUGGUUUUGCUUCUCAGAUGCCCUCCCUUUUGCUGUCGUGUCCUGGCCGGCUACUCGUGUCAAUGUCGAACGCUGCGUUUCGGUCCUCCGAUGGGGUUUUGGGCUCCGGAGGUCGUCUGUUAUCGCCACCAACGGAACCUUGACGGCGAAUUCCGUGCCGGUUUCUCUUGUAGAAGUAAAAGCUAUAUUGCUCAUUCAAGUCGUGUACAAUGAGCUCUGACGUUUCCUUGCUGAAUCUUUAUCAUUUGCUAUUUAUGUAGGUUGAUAUCACUUGCAGUAUUAUCAACAUAUCAGAGCCACCAAAUCAAAUCAAACAAGAAUCCCUCAUAGCUGUUCUGUAAACCGCUUCAAGGGUCAAGCUAAUUAGAACUCAGAAAGUGGAGGAGCUAAAAGAAGCACUGAAUUACAGAAGAAAAACUCACAUGUAUAACUUGAACGAACCGCUUAUCCAAGAAGUAGAAGAGCAACAACAACAACCUUGUAAUUCUCAAACCGAUUCUUUCCCAUCGACUCUCAUCAGAUAUCUAUAUGUUGCUCACUUCUUGGCCAGAUGGGGUGCCAGGAUGUGGGAAUUCUCAGUUGGGUUGUACAUGAUAAGCCUUUGGCCAGACUCUUUGUUAUUUGCUGCUAUUUAUGGUGUGGUGGAAUCUGCCUCUACUGCACUGUUUGGACCCAUUCUUGGACAAUUGGUGGAUAGAUUGACAUAUAAAAGGGUUCUCCAACUUUGGUUGGUAACACAAAAUCUCUCUUUCAUAGUUGCUGGAGGCGCUGUGGUGGCAUUAAUUGUUUACUCAACGUUGAAGUCGGAAAACUUCAGUGGAUUCGUUUUUCUUGUGAUAUUAACAAACAUCUCUGGAGCAAUUGGAGUGCUUUCCACUCUUGCCGGCACCAUCCUAAUCGAAAGAGAAUGGAUUGUGGUGAUAUCAGAAGGGCAUUCGCCCGACCAUCUAACGAAGAUGAACUCGGUCAUUAGACGCAUUGAUCUCAUGCAACUAUGUGCUCCUGUGGUUACUGGCUUCAUUAUCAGUUUUGUGUCACUAAAAGCUUCCGCUCUGACCUUGGCUCUAUGGAAUACUAUAUCAGUUUCGAUGGAAUGUUGGCUUUUCAUCUCCGUGUAUAACGGGAUUCCAGCUUUAGAACAAAGUAGCCAGAGGAGGGCCUCAAGAAUAUCUUCACAAAGUGAUAGUGAAGAUAGAAAAUCCGUUUCUCAUCGGCAGAGAAAAAGUUUUCUUUCUCAUGACCAGGAAAGUGCAGAAGAAGAUGUUGUAUUUCCUGGAAUAGCUCUGGCUUUGUUAUAUUUCACUGUUCUCAGUUUUGGAACAUUAAUGACAGCCACCCUAGAAUGGGAAGGGAUACCAGCGUUUGUCAUCGGAAUAGCGCGCGGUAUUAGCGCUGUGAUCGGCAUUGCUGCAACACUCGUGUACCCAAUUUUGCAAUCUCGUAUUUUAACACUUAGAACAGGACUCUGGUCUAUUUGGUCUCAGUGGAUCUGCCUCCUGGUUUGUGUGGCUUCAAUAUGGGCUCAAAAUAGCAUCAUAUCUGCGCAUAUGCUGAUGGCAGGAGUGGCAUUAUCUCGGCUUGGGUUGUGGCCUUUUGACUUAUCUGUAAUUCAACAAAUGCAAGAUUAUGUUCCGGAGUCGGAUCGCUGUGUGGUAGGAGGUGUUCAGAACUCUCUUCAAUCGAGCAUGGAUUUGAUGGGUUAUGUCAUGGGAAUACUCAUCUCAAAUCCACAGGAUUUCUGGAUAUUGAUAUUGAUAUCCUUCGGUGCGGUAACAUUAGCUGCAUUGCUCUACACUUGUCAUGUUUACACAAUAAGGAAGCACCUCUUUCACUUUGAAAAGCUAAUUUUGUGGGUCCAAUGCUUCACUAGGCCACGUGGAAAUGCACUACUUGGUUGAUAUAAGUGAAUAUGUUAUGAUAAAUUUAUGUAUCCUAUGAUUGUCACCCCAAAUUACUGUUGUUAGAGAUUAAUUUCUUGACAAUUAGAUCAAUUUUCAUGUA